AUGGCCUGCGACGGCGCCGGCCACGUCACAUCCAUCCAGCUCCUGGAGACCGGGCUCCGGGGCAUGCUCACGCCGUUCCUCGGCAACCUCUCGACGCUGCAGGUCCUCGACCUGACAUCGAACCACUUCAGCGGCGCCGUGCCACCGCAGCUCGGCCGCCUCGGCGAGCUCGAGCAGCUCGUACUGUACGACAACAACUUCACCAGCGGCAUCCCGCCGGAGCUCAGCGACCUGACGAGCCUACAGCUACUGGACCUCGGCAACAACACGCUCCACGGCGGCAUCCUCGGCCGCCUCUGCAACUGCUCGGCGAUGUGGGCGUUCGGCGCGGUGAACAACAACCUCACCGGCGCGCUUCCUGACUGCAUUGGUGAUUUGUCCAACCUCAGAUUUCUGGUGCUCUUCAACAACGGUCUCGACGGCGACCUGCCGCCAUCCUUCGCGAAGCUCACGCAGAUGGAGGCAUUGGACCUCAGUUCCGGUGCCACAUAUUUUUCUGUCAGCAAAAGCUCCCUCAUCGAAUUUCUCGUUUUCCGCUGUUUACAUUUCUGGCUUCUGCUCUUGGAGCUUGAUCUGGCAGCUCUGCUCUGUGCCUUUGCUCGAAAGCUCUUGAAGCUUCACUUCUGA